AUGGCUACGUUUACUCGAAUUGCCGACGAUGAGCGUCCUACCAUUUCGGUUGACCCCAGUGCUGUCAUCUCCACCAUUGACGAUAACAUCUAUGGUGGUUUCACAGAGCACAUGGGCCGCUGCAUCUACGGCGGUAUCUACGAGCCUGGCAACCCCCUCUCAGACGAGAAUGGCUUCCGAAAGGAUGUCAUCGAGGCAAUGAAGGAGCUCAACUGCCCCGUUGUGCGAUAUCCAGGUGGUAACUUUGUUGCUACAUACCAUUGGCAAGAUGGUAUUGGACCUCGAGAAAAGAGGCCUGUCAGACCUGAGCUUGCUUGGAUUGGUACCGAGAGCAACGAGUUUGGUACUGAUGAGUUCAUGAAGUGGUGUGAGGUUGUCGGCACCGAGCCUUAUCUAUGUCUCAACUUUGGAACUGGCACUCUCGAUGAAGCCCUCGCAUGGGUCGAGUACUGUAACUCUGACCGACCAAGCUACUACGCCAACCUCCGUCGUCAAAACGGACGUGAGAAGCCAUACAACGUCAAGUACUGGGCUCUCGGAAACGAAAUGUGGGGAGCAUGGCAAGUUGGCCAGAUGACAAAGGAAGACUACGCAAAGAAGGCCUACCAAUGGGCCAAGGCCAUCAAGCUCCUAGACCCCAGCGUAACCCUCAUUCUCUGCGGCGAGACAGGUCACAGUACCUGGGACUCGUACGUUAUCAAGGAGUGCAUCAAGUUUGACAUUCACGGCUUGGGCGGUAGCACAACUGCUAGUCUGAUUGAUCAGCACAGUAUUCAUAUCUACACUGCCAGCUCAGAUCAUUACAAGAACGCUACCGCCCCCCGUUCUGCUGAGCGCGCCAUCGAAAUCGCAUCCAGCCUCAUCGAUCUCGCCCGUAUCGAGAACGGUGUCCCUCCCACCGUCCCUCGUCAAAAGAUCUGCUUCGACGAGUGGAACGUAUGGGAUCCCGAGCGUGCCCCCGGUGAAGAAGGCGCCGAAGAAAAGUACAACCUCUCCGACGCCCUUGCCGUCGCCAUCUGGCUCAACGUAUUUAUCCGCCAGAGCAAGCACGUCGGCAUGGCCAAUAUUGCUCAGAGCGUAAACGUCAUCUCCCCUCUCAUGACCACCAAGGAUGGUCUUCUCAAGCAGCCUACCUGGUGGCCUCUUCUUCUUUACAGCAAGUACAUGCGCGGUUCAACCAUCGCCGUCAACCUUCGCGGAGGCGAGUAUCUCGGUGAUACACAUCCACAGUGGAUUCGUGGUACUAUCGAGACGCCUUGGUUGGAUGUUAGUGCGGCGCUGGAUAAGGAUGGCACCGUCAACCUUGCUGUGGUGAAUAUCCACGAGGACAAGGAUUUCGAGACCGAGCUCAAGGGUUUGAGUGGAAAGGAGGUUGAGGUUCACAGUGUUAGCGGAAGGGAUGUCAAGGUUGUCAACACAGCAGAGAAGGAAGAGGUUGGUAUUAAGGAGUCCAAGUGGAAUGGUGAGGGCUUGUUCAAGUUCCCCAAACACUCUUUUACUUUGCUGCGGUGGAAGCAGUAG